GCUGCUCUCGUUUCCGCGGCUUUUUCCAGACCGCGAUGCGCUCAUUGGGCAUCGCUCCACGCGGUUCCGGCCCUCCUCCGUGCCCCCCACCCAACCAGCACUGCAGCUCGCAGCUAGCUGCUAGCUCGCUCUUUCUCCACCAGCCGGGGAAAGGGGCUACCUGCUCGGCGGUAGUGUCGCCCUUUCUGCUGCAUUGUCGCUCUCAAUGCAAGUUCCAAUCCAUUUGCUUCGGAACCUUCACGCAAGCGACCAAACAACGCAGCUGGAACGUGUGUGACAGGUGCAGCUUUUUCUGGAGCCCCCAAGCUUCCUUUUCGCAUAUGCUCCUGCGAGCUGGCUGGGCAAAAAUGAUAGAGCGUGAAAGGACUUGGAUGGAAUGGACAGCAAAGGGAGCUCCCUGCCUUCGAUGCCCGAGCCGGCCAAUCCCGUCAGUGUGAAGCGACCGCCGGAUUCCCGCGGCGACCCUUCCCUGCUCAUGGACCAGGCCGCCGCCCAACUGGCCACCACCUUGCAAGACAGCGUGCUCCAGAAGAUGUCCGGCCACGCUCACGGCAACCACGGCCACGAGAGGCUCAAGGACCUUACGUCUCUGGUGCUCAACAGUGACCAGGACGCCGUGCCUAAGCUGUGCACCGCCGAGAUGCCCGUCCUCAAGUGCGCCGAAGCCCCGAAUUCCAACGGUGGCCGUCAGCACUCGCGCGGCGAGCCGGUGCUGCAAGCGACCGUCCCCCAGGUGGUCCAGGCGCCCCUCUUUGAGCCGUGCUCAGCCGCCGGGACCGGCUUAUCCGCCGUUGUUGAAGGUGUGGCGUCUGCACCCGAAGAAAGGCAGGAGGUGAAGAAGCGGCGGGGUAGACCUCACAAACCUAAACCUCAACCCGACCUCUGCCCUUCCGCCGUACGCAAAGAUGCUCCCGAUGGCUCGGAUCCUGCUUUGGAGGCGGUGGAUGAGUCGCAAGCCAUGGUCCGCAGAGAGCUUCCACAGCAUCAGAAGGAUCUCAUAGUCCAAAGGUAUCAGUCAGGAGAAGGGUACAAAAGAAUUUCCAAGGCAUUGAAUAUGCCGUGGAACACAGUGAAGACAGUCAUCGUCAAGUGGAGAAAAUACGGCACGACGGUGACACUGCCACGAACUGGACGUCCCUCGAAAAUUGAGGAAAAGACGAGAAGAAAACUGCUCAGGGAGGCUGCCAUUAGGCCAACAGCAACAUUGAAGGAGCUGCAGGAAAUCCUGCCUGCAGUCGUCUCUGAGGCAUCAGCAGACACAAUAGAAGUGGCGCCUUUGCCCGGCAGCUUCUCUGUUGGCCACGUGGUCUGGACCAAGGUGGCGGGGUACCCCUGGUGGCCCUGCAUCGUGACCACCGACCCUGAACUCAACCAUCACAUCAAACCCAACGCUAAAAGCAGGCUGGGCCUCCUUUACCAUGUCCAGUAUUUUGGAGACGCUCCCGAGAGGGGCUACGUUUUUGAGAAGAACAUGGUGUCGUUCGCCUGCGAGAGCCAGUACCAGGAGCUCAGCCUGUGCAACAACCAGCCGGCCUCGCGAGUCCUCCACAAAAAGACACUUCAAUCUGUGCCCCGUAAGCUGCGGCCCCAGUGGAAGAUGGGCGUCAUCCAGGCCACGGAGGCGCUGGCCAUGUCGCUGGAUGACCGCUUGGCCAACUUCAUCUUCGUGUACGACGACAGGGGGCCCCACCUCAACCCCUGCAUCCUGGACAAGCUGAAGCCGGAGCCCGGCAUGGAAGCCGAGGCCCGACUGUUGAUGGGCGAGGCGGCGGCGAAACACAGAGAACGGCUGAAUGGAGGCCAUCUGAAGAAGAACCUGCAGAGAAAGAAAAAGGGGUCUGACGAUGGGGGUCUACUGCAGGAUCACCUCACUGUGGAAGCGGUGGUACCGCUCAAGAAGAAGCCAAGGCCCAACCAACCUGGCUCCCCUUUAAAGGCGGACGGUGGGAGGAACGCAUCAACGGGUCCGGCUAAGAAGAAGAGGAGGUUAGGAGAAGGUUCGGCUCCAGGUAAGAGAGGGCUGAAGCAAAUCUCCAAAAAGACAACCGUGGUGGACCAGCAGCCCAAAAAGAGGCGAAAAAACUCCCAGGCCUGGACUCUUGUGGGAGCCGACAAGGAGCCUAAGAAGAGGAGGCGGAAGCCUGACAAAGAUGUGAAAGAAACCAAGAAACAACUAAAAAAGACUCAAGUGCCUCUUACAGAUGACCAAGAAGCAGAGAAACCAAAGCGCAAAAGGAAGCGGAAGCAGGAUGGAGAGGUCCUCGGUGAGCCCUCCAAGGCCAAAAAGAGGCGCUCGUCACUUUGUCCCGAAUCUGAGGGUUCUGGAAGUGAAGGAUGUCCCGAUUCUCCGAGUGACAGCCUGGAUGGGAUGAAGAAGGGAGAACGCAAGAAAGAGUUUGUCUGCCAGGUGUGCGAGCAGGCCGGUGAGGAUCUGGUUCCCUGCGAAGGUCAGUGCUGCGGAAUGUUCCAUCGCCACUGUCUGGGCGAAAGCUUCAAGCGCGACGACAAGCUGCUGUGUCAGCCGUGCAGCACGGGAGUUCACCCGUGCUUCACGUGUAAGCGGUCGGACGGCGAGGUGCGCCGCUGCCACGUUGCCCACUGCGGCAAGUUCUACCACGAAGUGUGCGCCCGCCUCAGCCCGCUCACUGUGUUUGACAACAAAGGUUUCCGCUGCCCGCUGCACACCUGCAUCAGCUGCCACUACGGAUGCCGCACCCAGCACAAGUCCAGCAAAGGGCGGCUAAUGCGAUGCCUGCGCUGCCCCGUGGCCUACCACGUCGGCGACCAGUGUGUGGCGGCGGGCAGCGAGACGAUCGCCAACACGGCCAUCGUCUGCACCAACCACUUCAACGCCAAGAAAGGAUACAGCCACCACAGUCACGUCAACGUCAGCUGGUGCUUCGUGUGCUCCAAAGGAGGUCAACUGCUGUGUUGCGAGUCUUGUCCUGCCGCCUUCCACCCGGACUGCCUGAACAUCGCCAUGCCAGACGGCAGCUGGUUUUGCAACGACUGUCGCGCCGGCAAGAAGCCCAAAUACCGAGACAUCAUCUGGGUCAAACUGGGAACUUACCGGUGGUGGCCCGCGGAAAUUCACCACCCCCGGAACAUCCCCACCAACAUCCAGCACCUUCGCCACGAGAUCGGAGAGUUCCCCGUCUUCUUCUUCGGCUCCAAGGACUACUUCUGGACCCACCAGGGCCGAGUGUUCCCUUACAUGGAGGGCGACCGGGGAAGCAAGUACCAGAGGACCGGCAUCGGGAAGGUCUUCAAGACGGCUCUGUCGGAGGCUGAAGCUCGAUUCAAGGAGAUGAAGAUAAAGCGGGAAGCCAAGGAAGCGCAGGAGAAAAACCGAAAACCGCCCCCGUACAAGUUUAUCAAGGUCAACAAACCGGUGGGCAAAGUCCAGGUGUACGCCGCCGACGUGUCCGAGAUCCCCAAGUGCAACUGCAAGCCGUCGGUGGAGCGUCCGUGCGGCUUCGAGUCGGAGUGCUUGAACCGCAUGCUGCAGUACGAGUGCCACCCGCAGGUGUGCCCCAGUGGCGAGCGCUGCUGCAACCAGGACUUCACCAAGCGUCUCUACCCGGACACCAAGAUCAUCAAGACGCCCGGCAAAGGCUGGGGCCUGAUCGCUCUGCGCGACAUCAAGAAGGGCGAGUUUGUAAACGAGUACAUUGGCGAGCUGAUAGACGAGGACGAAUGUCGGGCCAGGAUCAAGUACGCUCACGAGAACAACAUCACCGACUUCUACAUGCUCACCAUUGACAAGGACCGAAUCAUCGACGCCGGUCCCAAGGGGAACGUCUCCCGCUUCAUGAACCACAGCUGUCAACCCAACUGCGAGACGCAGAAGUGGACCGUCAAUGGAGACACGCGCGUCGGACUGUUCGCCGUCUGCGACAUCCCAGCAGGCACCGAGCUGACGUUCAACUACAACUUGGACUGCUUGGGAAAUGAAAAGACGGUGUGUCGCUGCGGCGCCCCAAACUGCAGCGGCUUCCUGGGAGAUCGCCCCAAGAACUCCAGCGCUCAGGCGGCCGAGCCCAAGGGGAAGAGACUGAAGCGCAAGUACAGGAAACGGCGGACGGAGGGCAAGAAGUCGGACGACGAGUGCUUCCGCUGCGGCGAUGGGGGACAGCUGGUCAUCUGUGGGAAGAAGACGUGCACCAAAGCCUUCCACCUGUCCUGCCUCAACCUCUCCAAGAGGCCCUUUGGUCGCUGGGACUGCCCGUGGCACCACUGUGACGUCUGCGGCAAGAACUCGGACGCCUUCUGCCAGCUGUGCCCCAACUCCUUCUGCAAGGCCCACCAGGAGGGGGCGCUGCGUGCCUGGCCGCCCACGGGGCAGCUGUGCUGCCAGGAGCACGACGAGCACCACCAGGAUGUCGCCCUCGCCGCCCGUCCCGAGGGGCCCGGGGAGGCCCGAGUCAAAAACCCCAAGAGGAAAGCGGCGGAAGCCUAAAAGAACAAAAGUAAACCGUUAAAUCUUGGUCGUCAGGGAACGAGCUUGCCAGUUACACUUUUUCAGGUGUUUUUUUUUUUUUUUUUUGUCUUCCUGCACGGCGCUAUCCACUUCCUGUUCUUGAACGUUUCCACCAAACUACCUUUUUUUUAAAAAAAAUUUUGGGGCGUUAUAUCAUAGAGUUAAGUUAAAGGUCAUACUCUGGUCCCCUUCUCCUUCUCGUAGUUUCCAUCAAGACCAAAAAGUAGCAGACAUGACUUAGUGGGACGCAUCCGACAUGUUGCCAAAUGUAUUUUUUAUUCUAAUAUAUAGAGUAUAAAUAGUAACAAUUUAUAUGUAUAUGCCAGGAAACCUUGUACUAUGCUUUGUCCAGUAGCGUCUUUUUUUUUAUUUUAGUGAUCAUAUCCUGUAGGACAUAAUAAUAAUAGAUCAUGUUGGGGAAGGGGCUCUGCUGCCCUCUGACAAACACUACUGAGAUGUUUAAAGGCUCAAAGCACAUUUUUUUUUUUUUUUUUUUUUUUUGUGUGAAAUAUUUGGAGCAUAAUGUGUCUUUUUUUAAUGUUGUUGAAAAAGGAAACUGUGCUUGAAUCAUGAAAAGGCAGCUUUUGUCUUGAAGAAGAAGAAGAGCUUGAAUGCACGUUGCGUCCGUGAAAGACGCCUCUGGUGUGUGGCUAAGACUCCUCAGUGCUUAAAUGCAGUUGAGUCCUUAAAAAAGGCGCUUUAGUCUGUUAGGAAGAAGGAAUCAGUGCUUGAAUGCACUUUGAGUCAUGAAAAGGCGCCUUGAGUGUGUUAAGUCAGAAUGAAUCAGCUUUAGUCUGAUAGUAAAAAGAAAUCGGUGCUCGAAUAUACCCCCCGAGUCCUUAAAUCGGCUUUAAGGGAGAUUUUUUAUUUAAUUUUUCUUCACCACGUCCCUGGCAGUUAGUGUUUACUUCGCGUUUUUCAUUAUGUCGUCACAAAGGCCACCGCCGAACUGCGGUUUUUAUUUUAAGUGUCUUCGUUUUUGUCUAGUCUGGAUUGGGACAUCGGAACUGUAUUCCUAAUUUCCCAGGGUGUCUGAAGGCAUCGUGGUCAUGUGCGGGAAGUUUUUUGGUUUUCCUACCUAACGAUCGUUGUUGCGCUAACCUUGUCGCUUUGUGUUGAAUGUAUGUAGUGGAUUGUUGUGAGCACUGUUUAACUGGCUUGUAACUACUGUCCCCUCUAAACCACAGACUAAUAUGUACAUACUGUAUAAGUGCCCAUAGUGUUGCCUUCUAUUGUAAAUAUACGUUUUUUUUCCCAAUCCUACCACACCGUGUUAGGGUUUUGUUUUUUUCAGUCGUGUUUGCGCCCCCUCUUUUUUUUUUUUUUUUUUUUUUAUACAAGAAAAAAAAUUGUGAAAAUAAAGAUGGUUUACAAGAAUAAUAAAGUUGAGGAAAAAACAUUUUUCCAAUACAGUUUCAGAAUUAUAUACAAAUGUAAAGUUUUUGUACAUGAUUAUCUGAAAUGGUAUUAAGUUGUAUGAAGUUUUUUUUAAAUUUCGUGUCAAUAUUUUAAAAAUGUCAUUGAACUCAUUCACUGCCACGUAGCCGUCAAUGGCUUUAUUAAAGUCAAAUAUCCAUUUUAACUGAGCGUUGGCACUGAAUGAGUUUAAAUGAAAUUAACUUGCAAUAUUACAGUAAAUCAAAGGGGGGGAAAAAAUCUAAGCAUUACAAUUUCAAACAUCCAUCCAUUUUCUGAGCCGCUUCUCCUCACGCGGGUCGCGGGCGUGCUGGAGCCUAUCCCAGCUAUCAUCGGGCAGGAGGCGUGGUACACUCUUCAACUGGUUGCCAGUUCCAGCCAAUUGCAGGGCACAAACAAGCAUUUGCACUCACAUUCAUACCUAUGGGCAAUUUAGAGUCGUCAAUUAACCUAGCAUGCAUGGUUUUGGAAUGUGGGAGGAAACUGGAGUGCCCGGAGAAAAGCCACGCAGGCACGGGGAGAACAUGCAAACCCCACACAGGCGGGGCCGGGGAUUGAACCCCGGACCUCAGAACUGUGAGGCAGAUGCUCUAACCAGUCGUCAACCUUGCCACCCAACUUCAAACAAAAAUGGUAAAAUGAAUUAUGUGAUUAAAAAGGCAAAAAAAAUGACUAGGCUGCACAAAAGCACAAUUUUUUAAUACUUUGAAUAAAGCAACCUGUGAAUUGAAAAGGGAUUUGUUCUAAUCUUACGGCAUGAAAAUGAGAAUGUUUGUGUAUUACAAGAAGUCCGAAUAUAACGUGAUGGAGGACUGAAGACGAUCUUGUCAAAUUGCAUUUUGGUAUGUUUCCAACUGCUGCCUUCAGGUUCCUGUGGAGAAUUCUGACAUUCAUGUAUUAAAAAAAAAAAGGGUAAUAUGACUUGUCACAUAACAUGCAUUAUUGUUCGAAUACACGAGUUCUUCGAAGCCAGCUUUCGUCUGUAAGGAAUGCAGGUUGAGUCUUGAAAACGUGGCAAC